AUGUUGGUAUGAUAAACCGUGUGGGAUUCCUCCUUCAGGGGUUGUUCCCACCGGGCGAGUGAUCUAAGUGUGCGGUUCUCUUAAGCGUGUCAUUAGCUAAAUCGCUUAGUUGGCACGGGCUCAAGAGAAAGCCUCUUACAGAGGAGAGAGCUUUAGUGUUGGUACUGUCGUCAGGGGUGGGUUGGGGACGGUUGUACUGACCAAGACGGACAGGACACCAACCUAGGACAGGUAAACUAGGUUAAACUUUAUGGUGCAUCCAGUGUCCCUAAGACCAUGUGUCCAGAUACAUAUUUACAUAUAUGGAACUGUAUGUAUCUAAAUAAAUGUAGCUACAGCAGAUGGGAUAUAUUAAAUCAAAAUAUAUUAUUCUGUGCACUGAGGAGCAAUUGUUUUGACAAAAUGGCUGCAAUGGCAUGCAAAAGUAUUGUUGUUUGUACCAUUUCUUCACCCUUUCUCUCUCUCUUCGUUCUCUGUUUUAGGACGGGUACAUAGAUUUUGUGGAGUACAUCGCAGCCAUCAGUCUGAUGCUAAAGGGAGAAAUCAACCAGAAACUCAAGUGGUACUUCAAAUUGUUUGACCAGGACGGCAACGGGAAAAUCGACAAGGACGAGUUGGAGACAAUAUUCACG